AUGCGUCUCAUCAAUCUCUCACUUUUUGUACAGGCCCUGCUCCUGACCGCGGUCGCGGCUCAAAGUGCCGCCGCACCCACUGUCGCUGUCACCGAAGGUACAACCGCUGCGGCUGCGACUGCUACUGCGACUGCGACUGCCACAGAGGCCGCUACUACAGAGGCCGCUACCACAGAGGCUGCUACAUCAACCUCUGCCACAGUAGCAGAGACUACUCCUACUUCCAGUGAGACCAGUGAAACUUCCGCUGAGGUCACUUCAGAACCAGCCACUGCCACCUCCGUGCCCGCCGAAACAACUGCCGAAACCACAUCCCCCGCGGAGAAUACCUCUUCAGCUGACUCCGCCUCUAAGACUGAGGCAGCCAAGACCACUGAACCAACUACUGCCGCUGAUGCAAAGACAACUGCUGCCACUAGUGCCACAACUACACAGGCCCCGGUUGUGAAGACCAUCACUUCCUAUGACACUAUUUCCGGAUCCACCAUUCCUACGGUGAUGACCACCACCUCCACUCCUACCGCUGAGCCUACCCUUAACGGCAACUCCAGCAAAAGCUCUGCCAGUGGUCUGUCUUCGUCGGACAAGAAGAUCAUCAUCGGUGUCGUGGUUGGUGUCGGUGGUGCUAUCGUAUUGGGUGUCCUGGGUCUCGUGCUCUGGCGCAUCCAAAAGAAGCGUAAUGCAGGAUUUAACGACGAUGAUGCUGAUCUGAUGGGUGGCACUGCCGUUGGUUCAGGACCACGAGAGAAGGCCCCGAGUCCCUCUAAUGCUACCCCCUUCAGGAACACACUGGACCAGUACCACAACCCUGGUCGUGUCAACGCUGCCGCAAACUUCUAA